ACACCAAACUCCCUAAAACCCCAUUAGAUUCAAAUCCUCUGAACAGAACGAAGUGAGAAAAAGAAAUAUAAUCUAACAGGGUGGAGAAAACAUGAUGGAGAGCAGACUUAUCUCAGUUUUCAGAAAAACUAAAAACAUAGUUAAUCAAAUUUCCUCAAAUUCAAGAUUAUCAACAUCAGGGGUUUGCAUUUCCAAUGAGCCCUCCUUGCUGAUCCACUCAAAAACUUACUCUUCUUUUUCUUCUAAUCUUAUUCCUGCAAGCCAAACCAGCAUUAUCAGAAGCUUGAGUAACUUGGGAUUCAAAGCAUUUCGUCGUCAUUAUCCUAAUCAUAAGGGUUUCUGCAGACCAUCCUUUAGGAAUUUAUCCACUGCAGCAGCUGCGUCUACAAAAAAGAAGGAUGGUUUGAGGCUUCUUGUAACUGCUGGGCCUCGUGCCCAGAAGUUGGUUGGGAUAUGGCUUUUUGGAUCUGCUGCUUGGGUCUUCAGUAUGGUGGUGCUUGGCGGUAUGACACGAUUAACCAGAUCGGGGCUUUCAAUGACUGACUGGAAAUUCACUGGGAGGCUUCCUCCUCUAACAGAUGAAGAUUGGCUAGUUGAAUUUGAGAAAUAUAAACAGUCACCUGAAUAUAAACGUGUAAACAAAGGGAUGAGUAUUGAUGAUUUCAAAUUCAUUUAUUGGAUGGAGUAUGCACAUCGAAUGUGGGGAAGAGCAUUGGGUAUCAUGUUUGCUCUGCCAUUCUCUUACUUUCUUCGCAAGGGUUAUAUUACUCUACAACUUGGACUUAGAUUAUCUGGGUUAUUUGCUCUUGGUGCCGGGCAGGGACUAAUAGGUUGGUGGAUGGUUAAAAGUGGUUUAGAGGACCCUGCAUCGGAAUAUGCUCAACCAAGAGUCAGCCCUUACCGCCUAGCGGCCCAUCUUACUUCAGCAUUUGUAAUUUACAGUGGGCUCUUCUGGACUGCUCUUUCAGUUGUUAUGCCUGAACCUCCUGCUGAGUCAGUAGCUUGGGUUAAGGGUGCUGCAAAAGUUAAGCGACUUGCCUUCCCUGUGAGCAUCCUUGUCGGAAUCACUGCUGUCUCAGGAGCAUUUGUUGCAGGAAAUGAUGCUGGUCGUGCCUUUAACACUUUUCCAAAGAUGGGUGAUACAUGGGUUCCAGAAGAUAUUUUCAAUAUGAAGCCUCUUCUGCGGAACUUCUUUGAGAAUACAUCAACUGUGCAGGAAUCUACUUAUGAAAUGAAAUGAUGUGGACACUGACACGAGAAAAGGUUGGACAUUUGAUGUUACAUUUAUUUUCUUUUUCUUUUUCUUCUAGCAAAAUUUAGCACAUUGAAGAGAUGGUUCUCAGAUAAUGUUGACCUUCUCCUUUGGGAUCAUCAGGACAGAAAUAGAAGUGUGAAUCAAGUACUCAACCUGGUACAUUGACAUUGAUAAUGACUGUAGAUGGAAGAUACAAAGUCGGAUUUACUGUGGUCAAGAUGCUAUGAGAAAACUUUCAGGGAAUGUAGGUUUAAAAAUCUCGAAGUUUUAUGGCCUGGCUGCAUAAGCAUUUACUGUGUGUGAUAUUUGUCUCAAUUCACUGUAUGACAAACUUGGCUCUCUAAUGCUUAUGUUCUUGAAAGAUGGAAAGCAACUAACUUUAGUUCUCUGACCAGAUGCAAAUAUGAAAUCUCAUCUCUGUUAGAAUCCAUAUUUUGUGCUGGUAUGCAAAAUUUUCUAAUAACAAGACUCGAUUUCUU